CUGUGAUGCUCUAGUUCGACGCACAGCCUUGUUCUAAAACUACCAUCUCAGGUGACCAUUGUAAUGUCGACGCAAGGUUCUGAAGUCAGUCUGUCUGCCGGUGCUGUCACCGACACGUCGCCUCUAUUGCCAAGAUAUGAGGUGGCCGAUGCUAGCAGCGACAACCGAAGACGGAACCUUUGCAAGCUGUUUCUUGUAGCUGCUGUGUACUUUCUGCACCGAGGGAUGUACGAUGAGUUCGUCUCGGUUUACAUCAUAUUACGAAGGGAUGGAGUGCAUGAGUACUGGUACUUCUGGAAAUAUCCGCCUCUGUAAGACACGAGCGUGAAAACUACUCGAUGAUAUAGUAUCGAUGCUUGUUCCGAUCACGUGCAAGAUGUUUUUAAAACUGAUCCGCGACAAGAGGACUGG